CACGCACAAGGUAGCGGUUUCAGCGCAUCUGUGAAGCAAUUUGCUGCAUUCUACGACUUGGUUGACAGCCUGCAGUGUGAAAACCUUGCACAAUGCCCGCCAUUAAGCUAAAGAAGGCGACACAAGAGUAUCUGGCAGAAAAAGAAAGAGAAAAAGAGGCAAAGGCUGCAGCCAGUCUAGCUGCUGCAGCACCACCACCAGCUGAGGAACCACCUGCAGCAUCCAAAGCAGUUAAACCUAAGGCCAAGUUCCUUGAGGCAGAAGUUCUGUUUGAAAAACGUAAACGUACCAUACCACCAGCAGAGCUUCGGGCUGGAACAUGGCUAGACGACAAUCUAGAGGUGAAAGAGGGAAUGAAUGUUUCCCUGGUGGCUCUUUAUGAUUACUAUACUGAGACUUGUGUAUUGGAGGAAGGCAAAGUGGUGGAUGUCCCAGUAUUUAACCGGUUGGUUAAAGAUAAAUUUGGAAAAGACUAUGGCUUGAAAGAAGAUUCUGCUUUAAAAGGACUAGUUAAAGAACGUAAACAUUCUGAUAAAAAACCUAAAGUGCAAGCUGAAUCUCUCAACCUAAAGAUGAAGGACAUUUUGGAGGAAAUCAUCAACGAAGCUAAGAAUCCUAAUAAAGGCUUACGGUUUCAAACAUUAAAGAAGAACAUUAGUGUGAAGUAUCCAGCCCUGCAGCUGGACAUCAAACCACAGAAGUUACUUUCUGCUCUAAACAGAGGCCUCAUGUAUGGCCACCUGGAACUGGUGAGAGGUACAGGUAAAUGUGGAUUCUACAGGCUACCAGGUGAAAGUACUGCAGAGGAAGAUCUAAAAAAAGAAACAAAGGAGAAGGAAAAAAAGAAGAAAAAGGACAAAAGUGACAAAGAAAAUGAUGACACAGCAGCCGAAGGCGAAGGGGGAGAAGGGGAUGAAGGUGAAGAGAAGGAACAAAAGUCCAAGAAAGGCAAGAAGAGGAAGAGGAAAUCUGAUGAAUCUGAAAAGAAUGAAGAAACUAAAGAAGGAGAGGAUGACGAGGAACCCAAGAAAAAGGCAAAGAAAUCAAAGAAAAAUAAAAACAAGAAAAAACGUGCAAGAAAGCCAUGGUCAGGAAGUGGAUCUAUUCACAGUGACCCUCAAUCUGUGUCUGAUACAUUCUCCCUUGCCAUUACCUAUAUGAGUGAUCCCAAGGAUGCCUCUGUCACAAAGAUAAAAAAGUAUAUUGGAGAUCAUUAUCCGAGUGCUGAUACAGAUACCAGAUUAAAGAAGGCUUUGGAAAAGGGAGUGGAAAAAGGACUGUGGGAACAGGUGUCAGGUACAGGUAGUACAGGAAAGUUCAGGUUAUUGGCAGAGGACUUCAAUCCAAGUGAUGCUAAAUCUAUGGAGGACAUGGUAUGUCAAGCAAUUGUAGCAUGUCAUGAACCCAAGCAGGCAUCAGCUGGCUUGAUUAAAAAAUACAUCAUGGAAUACCAUCCAGAAUUUGGCAUUGACAAUAAACCACAUUUGUACAAGGGAGCCCUGAAAAGAGCCUGUUUAACCAACAAGAUCAGGCAGCUGUCUGGAAUCGGAGCAUCUGGAUCAUUUCAGCUGGUAGGUUCAUUUUAUCCUUCACCAGCCAUCUUAGCUGGUGAUGCUGAAGCGGAAGCUGAAGAGGCAGCAGCAUUAGAGGAUGAUGACACCGAAGAGACUUACCAGGAAACCUAUAUCGUCCGUAAAACCAAGUCGGGGCGUGGAGGCAUUCCAGUAACAGUUUUAACAAAGCAGAGAAAACGCUGACAUCUUCAUUUAUCAGGAUGGGAUUCCCAUUUUACUCAUUGCUGUCAUUCUUUCCAGAUUUUAAAGUUGUCAUACCAUUAUAUAAAACUCAUAUGAGAUAUUGGACAAUUGGUUCAUUCACACAUGAAAAGAUAUGAAAGCAUUAUUAUUUCAAUUUCCUAUGAAUUUCUUAAAGUAUUGUUAUAUUCAUAUAUCAUAUAUUAAGUGUAGCAUUGAACUUUGUUUUUGUUUUGUAUACCUUGCUUAUUGAAAAUGCCAAACUUUUUAAUGUUAUAUGCAAAAAUUUUUUUUAAAAAGAACUCUCUUUCAAAUUAGAUAAUGACACCUUUCUUGAUGUCGCCAAUGAUUAUUUUUUAACAUUA